AUGGCGUAUGUUCCGACGACGCCCAUGGGGGUGGCGACGGGGACGUGGACGACGGGGCUUUGCGGCUGCUGCGAGGACAUCCCCGGCGCGUGCUGCACGUAUUUCUGCCCGUGCGUCAUCCUCGGCAGGAACGUCAACAUCGUCACCGACGGAUUCACCGAGUCAUCCACGGCGUGCUGUCUCUUCUUCCUCGUCGACUCGCUCACCCUCGGCCUCUGUGGCUUCGUCUACUCCUGCGGCUACCGCACGCGGCUGCGGCAGAAGUACGACCUGCCAGAGUCGCCGUGUGGCGACUGCCUCACGCACCUCUGCUGCCUGCCCUGCGCGCUCUGCCAGGAGAACCGCGAGCUCAAGAACCGCGGCUGGGACCCCAAGCUAGACUUUCCCAUCCGUGGCCUCUCCUGUCUCACUCAACCAUCUCUCCCUGUGCACACUCACCUCCGCUGCCAGUCCCCGACUAGUCCCCCUCGCUACCUUCUCCCCAAUGCCCCUGCACUCGUGUCGCCACCCUCCCCUUUCACCCUCCCCUUUCACCCUCGUGUCGCCUCUUUCACCCUCGCUACCUUCUCCCCAAUGCCCCUGCACUCUCCGCUUUCCCACACCCUUCUCCCAUCCCAGACCUCACGUUCACUGGCAAGACGUGUGCUCUAUGCUUUGCAUCCAAUGUGCGUAUCUUCAGGGCGCGAGGGCAGGAGCCCCCUCCUCAGGUCAUGCAGCGGUGAGGUGACCAGGGGGUGCAAGGCGGUGCCAGGGGCUGAGAGGGGUGCGAGGAGGUGCAAGGAGGUUGGAGAAGAGAAGCAGCCACAUUUUGUUAUCAUACUUGCUCGUAUGAAGCUUUCAGAGCAGCUGCUGCAGGAAGGUGGGGGAAAUGUGUGGAGGUGGCUGGCUGUGUGA